CCCGUAGUGUGCGUGUGUGCAGUUGUGCCCUGUGUCAGGUUGGCACCCUGUCCAGGGUCAGAGGUGGGUAGUAAUGUGCUAUAUUUACUUUGUUACAUUUACUUGAGUAACUUUUUGAAAGAAAUGGGAUUUUAAGAGUAGGUUUAACUGGCCAUACUUAUACUCUUACUCAAGGUCAUUUAUAAUCACGGAACCGCCUAGUUUUUUAGCAGCUCAGUCCUGGAAGAUAAUGGGCGAAGAGGGGGGGAGCAAGACAUGCACACAAGCUCUCUCUCUCUCCACACACAUAUACUUUCUCUUCUGUUCUACUCCAUUGUCUGUUCUUUUGGUCUCUGUUGUCAUACAGCUGAUAAAGAUAAAGACUGUUGGAAAAAUGUUUGUUUUUCGGUGUGUGUGUGAGAUUUUUUGCUGAAAAUGACAGGUUCUGUGUUAAUGUACCCAUCACAGGACUGGGAUAUGCUGCUUCUUCUUGAACCCAGGUUUUAUGUCAUAUAAACAGAACAGACAGACUUUCAAGGAGAGCUGUGACUUACAGUUCUCCAUGUAGUAUGAGAUUCAGGAUUUUCCCUUCGUUUGAAUCAGAUUUAACUAGCUACUUGCUACUUGAGUAGUCUUCUCGUUCCAUACUUUAUUACUGUUACUCAAGUCAUUAUUAAAAUGAUUAAUUUUUACUGUUACUUGAGUAAUUCUUUUUAGAAGUAGUAAAAUUUUUGCCUACUCUACCCACCUCUGACCAGGGUGUCCCAUGCCUUCGUGCCCCAAGUUCCCUGGGAUAGGCUCCAGGCUCCCCAUGACCCUGUGUAGGAUAAGUGGUACAGAAAAUGGAUGGAUGGAAGUCGUCCACUCAUGAUUAUGUUUUACUUUUUAAACUCAGUGGAUGAAUAAUAUAUUUAAGGGUUAUAAUCCACUGAUCCACAGUUGUGUAACUCUUUAGGAAAUAUCUAUAUGUAGAAACACUUAUGAAGGUCUGGUCUUUUAUUUAUUUAUUUGUUUGUUUGUUUGUUUAUUUUUACAUGUGUCCUGCUAGUUUUUAAUGAUAUAAUAGGUUUUGGGUUUUUUUUGCUCCAUUUGCCUUACGUGACAAAUAAUUUCAGUUGCUGGAGUAGUUUAUGAGAACUCAGUACUCAGAACUCACUCGACAGACAACUGCAUCACUGCUGAUAGAUAUUUAUAUUGAAAUUUAGGAUGAAUGUCUCUUUAAAUAAUAAAAAAAGAAAUGUGCUUGGUGCUUUCACAGUGUGGUCUGAUCUCAUAGGUUUGGGAGUUCAGUGCUUUGAAUCCAAACAAGAAGUCCAACGUCUGUUAGAUUGCACCACCUCUAAAAUCAUCACGUGUUCUGGAUAAAAUCCCAAAUGCUAUGGCUGUCAUACUGCAUACUUUCUGAGCUGAAAUGAAACACUGUGAGUGCAUAUAAUGCACCGUAAAACUAUUUUGCUUUUCUAUUAUCCAAAGACCAACACACACCGCUCUGGAUGUCAGAGGGUGUUUUAAAUUAUCUGCGCCGACGUCAUAUUUGUGAGCGAGUGCCUCAUGUUGUUCCAUCCGUAGUUUAGGUUUUCCUGCUUGACUUGGCCGGUCAUGCAUAGCAAGAUGCUGAGGACACUGUCUGUGGCUUUGGCAAGCACUGCGGAUUUACUGAGUCCAGUGAAAACUUCGUAACUUCCCACAUUCCUUGUCAGUCCCUUAGAUCCACAGAUUGGGAAAAGGUCUUGUGCUGGACAUUUCUGUAUUGAUGAGCAGAAGACCCUACUCUGGUGCCUCUCUCAGGCCGUGCCUGCUGCCCAGAGCAGCGCCCUCACUGUCCACAUCACUACAGACAUUUUUCUAUCAUUUUCAUUAAGACAAAGCCAUUUGGAAAGGUUUCAUGCAAACUAAUUGACCUAACAGAAAGGCAUAACUCUCAGUGGAACAUAUCAGUGGAAUACACAGCAAAAAUUUUGGUGACCUAUACCACACGCCUCCAGCUUUGCAACAAUGUCAGAGAUGAAUCUUUUGGGUCAUGUGGGCUGUGUCGCUCUGUACUGUGUCCUGUCUCUGGUCAUGCCGGCGAUCCUGCGUGCAGAGUUCACUCUGGCCAGCGUAAGUGAGCACCACAUUAUCAUCUGUACAUGCAUGCAGGACCUGGUAGCCUGCAGCAUUAUCAACUCCAGUGAGUGUGUUUGUCACAACCACCCAUUCUCCAUGUUGGAGCACAACACCGGCCCCAGCACAGUGACUUACAAGCGUCUGACAGUGUGGUACACCUCACCACUCAACGUCGCACGCCUGCUGAACAACUCAGAGGUCCGCCACCUGGCACUGGCCAAGUGCAACUCAGCAAGAGGUACUUCGCUAGCUGUUCACUACUUCACAGUGAGGAGACUGGAGAGGCUCUAUGUCUCAUACCCAUUUUGGAUGCCUGGGCAGAACCAUGAUAUUGUGCUGGGUAGAGAUGUGGGCAUGCCUUACCAUGAGGAGCCAAGGAUAGCUGUCAUUCACACGGAUGUGUUGGUGGGGAAGGAUGAGUUGAAAGCAUACACAGUGAAAACCAUGGUGGACAGCAAUGGCAUGACUCCAUUCCCUGAAAUGUUUAUGCCGAUGGAUGAACUUCCAGAUAUGUCCAGCAUAUUUGUAUCUUUCUUGUACUAAGUGGCAUUUGAAUGCAAAGUUUCUUAGAUGUGUCUUUCCUCCCUUUUAAAAAAAAAAUAUUUUUAUUUAUACCUUUCCUGAGGAAAUAUGAAAGAUUAUGGAUUCUUUGGUUUGUUUCAUCUAGGGGACUCUUAAAAGUGAACUAAGAACUAUUUGUAAUUCGUUACUUUGUUUAUUAGUUGUUAAUUUAUUGGGAAAUAAUCGAGCUAUAACUGGAAAUGGCCUAUCUGGACCAGUCUAAUUAAGCACUUUUCUUGUAGCGCACAUUCACUCACCGUCCACUUUAUUAGGAACACCCAAACCCCUGCUCAUUCAUGCAAUUAUCCAGUCAGCCAAUCAUCUGGCAGUGGCGCAAUGCAUAAAAUCAUGCAGAUACAGGCCAAGAGCUUCAGUUUAAUGUUCAUAUCAAGCAUUAGAAUGUGGAAUGGUUGUUAGUGCCAGAUGUGCUGGUUUGAGUAUUUCAGAAACUGCUGAUCUCCAGGGAUGAUCACACAUACCAGUCUUUUUACACAUGAAUUUACACUGAAUGGUGCGAAAAGCAAAAACAUUCAGUGAGGAGCAGUUCUGUGGGCUUGUUGACGAGAGAGAUCAGACUGGAAUGGCCAGACAUGGAAUGGUUUGAUCUCACAGUAAGUCAAAGGUAACUCAGAUAACCACUCUUUACAUCCAGGGUGAGCAGAAAAGUGUCUCAGGUUGCGCAACAUUUCAAAACUUGAUGGACUACAACAGCAGAAGACUUCAUCAGGUUCCACUUCUGUGAUCCAGGAACAGGAAUCUGAGGCUACAAUAGAAACAGAUUCACCACAACUGGAUAGUUGAAGAUUGAAAAAAAAAGUCAUGACCUGAUCAAGCUCUAUUUCUGCCACGACAUGCAGAUGGUAGGGUUAGAAUUUGGAGUUAACAGCAUUAAUCCAUUGACCCAAUAACACCAGUCAAGCAUGGUUUGAAUGCCACAGCCUAUCUGAGUAUUACUAACCAUGUGCAUCCCUUUAUGGUCACAGUUUACCCAUCUUCUAAUGGCUACUUCCAGCAUGCACCAUGUCACAAAGCACAAGUCAUCUCAACUGGUUCUAUAAAUUUGACAAUGUACUUCAAUGGCCUUCCCAGUCACCAGAUCCAGUAGAGCACCUCUGGGAUGUGUUAGAACGAGAGAACAAAUGUGCAGCUGACAAAUGUAAUGCAGUCACAUCAACAUGGAUCAGAAUCUCUAAGAAACGUUUCCAACACCUCCUGGUAUCCAUGCCAUGAAGAAUCCAUGCCAUGCUGUUCUGAGAGCAAAGUGGGCCCUACCCAGUAGUAGUAUGGUGUUCCUAAUAAAGUGACUGUAGAUGCUUACUGUCUAAUAUAAACUGUAAGACAAAUCUAAGCUUAUGAUAACUCACAGACGUACAGUAACAGCUUCACUAAAAAAGUGCACCUGCCUUUAAUAAAACACUAAUUUAGAAUUCCACUUGAAUCUGAGAGUGGAUAAUGAAUAAGUCCUUAAAUAAAAACGAUAUAAGUAUUUUGUUGGAACACUUGUUUAAUUUUUCUUUAUUUUAUUGCCAAAUGAUCUGCUUAUAUUGUAUGUCUGUUCUGCUGAUAUGCAUCAUUGCAACCAGUCACCAAUACUGUCAUUGUCCUCUAUACAGUUCAGUACUCUGGGCAUAUAGUUGUACUGUGAAAUCACAACACUAGCACAUAGUUAACAUGGAACAUUCAAGUUCACAAAUGCCCAUAUCACAGACAGUAAAACAGUUCAUAUAUGCAGCAACCUGAAAUCUACAGUAUUGGGCAAAAAAGAAGAAGAUACUUGCAAAAAUAAUGACAAUAAUGACAAGUUUAAUCCAUUUAUAAUAAAGUCCUAGGUUAGUCCCAUACAGUCCUGAUGAUGUUUAUAUAUGAAACGUGGUCUAUUACUUCAUAUGCAACUUUCUUUAACAACAUGUAUCUCUUUCUUUAACAACAGUUUCUCUUUUCUGAUCCACGACUAUGGAAGAUGUUAACAUGUAAUAUAAAAUGUUUUUUUUUCUUUUUUUUUCACAGUAUAAAGUAGGUUAUUGUUAAUUCCACAUGUAUAGUUCAGCCAGAUAGAAACACUGCACAGCUGUGUAACAGGGUCAGUCCACAAGGGGGAAGCAUUGUUUCAUACAGUAUACAUUCCUUUCGUUUAACCUGAAUCUGUACCAAAAAAAGAAAAAAUAAUUACAGUAGGGUGAAAUACACAAGUAGAAAAUCUGCUAUUAAUAAUAUAGGCAAUAAUCUAGGGACAAUCAUUGUUACAGUCUUUUACUGCACGGUGUUCCAUUUU